AUGUCGCACCACAGCGAUGAUCAAUUAUUAGAAGCUGGCAGUGAAUCGUUUUGGGAGCCAGGCAACUACAAACGUACAACCAAACGUAUAGAGGAUGGUUACAAAACAAAAGUGAAAACCCCCUACUCCGUUUUACAUGUUUUACUAAAUAUAAGCAAACGGGAAAUGAAUCCGAAGGAAAGCCACAGCAACAAAGCCAGCCUCCGCAAGCUGGAUCCCAGAGUACUUCUCAAGCUGGUACGUAUCUUCAAUGUUCCCGGUUUCGUAGCCACAAUAUUUGUUGGCGGAUUCAAGACAUUUUCUCUACAUAUAGGUCAAGGAGGGCAGCCACAACAGCAAGGUGCGCAGGGUGGAAAACAGCAGCAAAAGGGUUCAGGUCCACAACCAAGUACAAGUGGUGGUAAUCAAGGUCCGCAACAACAGCAAAGAGGUCCCGGUCCACAACAAGGGACAAGUGGUGCUAAUCAGGGUCCGCAACAACAUCAAAGCGGUCCUGGUCCGCAACAAGGUUAUCAGGGUAUGCAACAGCAGCAAAGGGGUCCUGGCCCACAACAACAGCAAAGAGGUCCUAAUCCACAACAAGGUUCGUGGGGUGGUAAUCAAGGUCCACAACAACAGCAAAGAGGUCCUGGCCCACAACAAGGUUCAUGGGGCGGUAAUCAGGGGCCGCAACAACAACAACAAGGGGGACCUGGUCGACAACAACAACAAAGGGGCCCAGGCCCACAACAAGGUUCAUGGGGCGGUAAUCAGGGGCCGCAACAACAUCAGAAAGGUCCCGGUCCGCAACAAGGUUAUCAGGGUAUGCAACAGCAGCAAAGGGGUCCUGGCCCACAACAACAGCAAAGAGGUCCUAAUCCACAACAAGGUUCAUGGGGCGGUAAUCAGGGGCCGCAACAACAACAAAGAGGAGCAGGUCCACAACAACAACAAAGAGGACCAGGUCCACAACAAGGUUCAUGGGGCGGUAAUCAGGGGCCGCAACAACAACAAAGAGGAACAGGUCCACAACAACAACAAAGAGGCCCUGACCCACAACAACAACAAAGGGGCCCUGGCCCGCAACAAGGUUCAUGGGGCGGUAAUCAAGGUCCACAACAACAGCAAAGAGGUCCUGGCCCACAACAAGGUUCACGGGGCGGCAAUCAGGGACCGCAACAACAGCAGAGAGGUCCGGGACCACGGCAAGGUGGUGGACAUCAACAAAUUGAAGCAUCAUUCCAGAAGCUAUCACUGUCGGAGGGUAAAUUGAAUUCAUACUUUAUCUACAGCCGCUAAUGCUUUUAUACAUUGCCUCUUCCAGAAGGUGAACUACCGAAUAAACCAAAAUAUUGUGCUGGAAUUGUUCGCGGAACCCUGGGUAGACCAGGAGUUGUGGAAGUGAAUUAUUUGAGGUUGAUUCUGGAUAAUAUGCCCAACGAGGCCUAUCACUACGAUGUAACAAUAACACCUGAUCGACCAAAAAAAAUGAUGCGUCCUGCUUUUGAACAGUGCAAACGAGAAUAUUUUAACGGCAUUGAGGCAGCGUUUGAUGGCAGAAAGAGUUGUUAUACCCCAGUGCGUCUCCCGGAAUGCAACAAGUGCAACGUAUUUUUUAAGGUUCCAGAUUCUGGCGAUCGUAUGAAAGAGUUUCAAGUAGAGAUUAAGGAAACGAAUGAUUGUGUCGUGGAUCUUAAUUCACUUCGAACCUACCACAAUGACAAAGUUUCUGACAAACCAAUGAGAGCCUUGCAAGCUUUGGAUGUAAUUUUGUCCGGAAAUAAUCAUGAGCGAAGCGUUCGUGUUGGACGUUCCUUUUUCUGUAAACCAAAACAACCUGUUGAUUUGGAAAAUGGAUAUGAAGCCUGGACUGGUUUGUUCCAAGCCGCUAUUUUGGGUGAACAGCCAUUUCUUAAUGUGGAUAUUGCCCACAAAUCGUUCCCUCGUGAAUGUCAUCUAAUUGAUUACUUGUCAAACGAAAGAAUUGACCCGAGACAACCUUUUAAUAGAUACCAAUACGGAGAUGUAGAACGUUACCUGAAGGGAAUUGAUAUUGUGUAUAAACCGCCAAAAUCAUUUGGAAGUUUUGAUAAAAAGUACAAAGUAAUGGGAAUUGGGGAAUCAGCCACGAAAAUACGUUUUAAAAACGAUGAGGGCACGGAGAUGACUGUUGAUGCAUACUUCAGGUCUCGUGGAAGUCCACUUGAGUAUCCAAAUUUAAAUUGUCUUAAAGUUGGUUCUUCAGUUCGCUCAAUAUAUUUACCGAUGGAAUUCUGUACCAUUGCUGAAGGUCAAGCUUUGAAUCGAAAAGACUCGAAACAAGUACAGAAGAUGAUUCGAUUUGCUGCAACAUCGACCAAUCGUCGUAAGGAAAAAAUUAUGGAUAUGUUGCAGUAUUUCAAUCUCAACGCCAGCAUAUUAGUUCAGUCAUUUGGCAUUAAAAUUGGUACCAAUUUUAUAAAAGUUCCAAUACGUAUCUUGCCAACUCCAUAUAUGGAAUAUUGGGAAGGUAGAACAGUUACCACCCAACGCGGCGCUUGGCGAAUGGAUAACCUAAAAUUCCUGAUGUGCUCGAAACCACAAUCCGGUCAUAAAUGGGGAAUCAUAUAUGAAGACAACCCGCGAUCCAAGCUGGAUUACAAUGAACUGGAUCAAUUCAAGAAGAAG